CUCCAUUCUUGAUCCCCCACGACCUCAUCCCAUCUCCGUUCACCUUUCAUCCAUCACAUUUGCACACUCUCAUACCCACCGGAGCUUGUAAUUGUGGAAAAACGCACUCAUGGCUGAUCGCUACUCCUUUUCUCUGACCACGUUCUCCCCCAGCGGAAAGCUGGUUCAGAUUGAAUAUGCCUUGAACGCUGUCAACCAGGGUGUAACUGCUCUGGGCAUCAAAGCUACCAACGGAAUUGUUCUGGCAACCGAAAAGAAAGCCAACUCGCCUCUCAUUGACCCCCCUUCCCUCUCCAAGAUCUCCCUGAUUACACCCGACAUCGGCAUGGUCUACGCUGGAAUGGGCCCAGAUUACCGUGUGCUCGUGGACCGGGCCCGCAAGGUUUCUCACACUGGCUACAAGCGCAUCUAUAACGAAUACCCCCCUACCCGGAUAUUAGUGCAGGACGUUGCCCGUGUUGUUCAAGAAGCGACCCAGUCUGGUGGUGUCCGACCGUACGGUGUCAGCUUGUUGAUUGCUGGCUGGGACGAGGGCGUUGAGCCUGAAUCAGGAGAGGCUCAGCAGGGUGAUGGUGAGGACGAGCCUAAGAAAGCAACCGGCAAGACGGGUGGUAUCUUAAAGGGCGGGCCCAGUCUGUACCAGGUCGACCCCAGUGGCAGUUACUAUCCGUGGAAGGCCACGGCCAUUGGAAGACAUGCGACGAGCGCAAAGACAUUCCUUGAGAAACGUUACACCGAGGGUCUCGAGCUGGAAGAUGCCAUUCACAUUGCUCUCCUGACUUUGAAGGAGACUAUUGAGGGAGAGAUGAACGGUGAUACGAUAGAAAUUGGCAUUGUUGGUCCUCCUGCCGAUCAUCUGCUUGGUUAUGAGGGUGUUGAAGGAUCGCGCGGACCCCGUUUCAGGAAGCUGAGUAAGGAGGAGAUUGAGGACUAUCUCACCAACCUAUGAACUACCCCAUAGAUCGAUACAGAUCUUGACAUAUGAGCCUUGUAGUAUAAUAGACACGACUCAAGUCUUGCGAGGUUCCCGCGAUAUGACAGGGCGUCCCGGCCACGCAGAAACCGGGGAGCUGAAUGGUGGGUUUUCAGGAGUGACCCUGGAACCUGACGAAAUAUUGGGCGGUUCUAGACUCGCCAGUAAUACUUCAAAAACCUGAUCGG